AUGGAUCCACACCCUCAGGGUCCUCCCAUCGAUACCGAUUCCAUCCCAUCUUCGGCGGCGUGCAAUCUGUGUGGAAGAGUCCUUCAAUCUGCUUCCGAUGAUCUUGAAAUCUUCAGCUUAUGUGGAGACUGUAAGUUUUUGCUGCUUGAAGAUUUCGGCACCCCCGCGCCUCCCUUGACCCGGAGGCAGACGGCUAGAAGGAGGAGGAGCAGCAGGAGGAGAAGGACAAGUAGGCACGGCAGCUCUGAAUCUGUCGGUGAUCUUUCCUCCCAACAGUUGACACAUUUGAUAAGACAAAGCCUUGAGACUAGCUCCCAUACCACUCCCAGUGGUUCCACAAGGUGGAGACUUUUCUCUGAAUCUGAAAGUGAAGAUUUUGAAACCUUGGAUUCUCGCUACGGCGAGACCGAAUCAAACGCUAGUUUUAGCCUCUACAGGUUUCCCCAUGGUGAUAAUGAUGCCAUUUCUUUUAGUGCUUACGGUGGAGAGUCUGAUGCUUCGGCGGACAGGGACAGGAGCGACAUUGACUUUGACACUGAUAUUGACCCCAUGCAUGCUGGUCUGAACCAGUGGAACUCAGACGAGGAAGACAGGGAAUGGGAGGAAGGAGCUGGUCCAUCUGGGGUAGCAGGAACACGGUAUUUGGCAAGUCCAAGUGAGAGCUACAGCUCCAUGUCUCGGUUCGAUUCUCCCGAGUUUGAGAGAGGGUUUCGUCAAAGAAUUGUAGAGAGGAGGCAGGCGUUAUCUCGCCACAUCUUCACUGGUUUGGAGGAUAUGGAGUUCUCACCCUAUGCUGCAAAUGUUGCGGAUUAUCUUGAUGAGAGAGGUUUUGAACAACUGCUGGAGCAACUUGCUGAGUCUGACAAUUCAAGAAGAGGUGCACCACCUGCAUCUGUGUCAUGCGUCACGAGUCUUCCAAGGGUUACCAUCGGGGAGGAGCAUGUAAACAAGGGCCUAGUCUGUGCGGUUUGUAAAGAGCUUUACAGCCUCGGCACUGAAACCACGCAGCUUCCAUGUCUCCAUCUGUACCAUGCUCAUUGUAUUGUACCUUGGCUAAGUGCCCGUAACUCCUGCCCACUCUGCCGGUACGAGCUCCCAACAGAUGAUAAAGAUUACGAGCAAGGAAAGCAGAAUGUGCUGGAUGCGAGCGAGGAUAGCUCCUCUGGUGAUGAUGAUGAUGGCACAGAAGCCGGGGAAGAGGUCUAUCUAGAGAUAGGCGGGAGUGAGGCCGGUGUGAGCAGAGUUAGCAGAGGAAGAUGGCUCUUUCUGGCUGCUGCACCAGUUGUGAGUCUGGUGGGCGUUGUGUUGGCAGUGUGGCUAAGCAACCCGCAGAGGAGGGAUAUGGUAAUCUCUCAUAGCCAAAGGGAAAACAGGACCAGAAGAUGGCUGCCGUUCUUCUGA